UAAUUAACAAUAAUCAUAAGUAGGAAAUUUUAUGUGAAGUGUUAUAAUAGUAAUUUAUUUGUAUAGUGUAGCGAGUAUUAUUGUUGUCAGUGUUUAUUUAAAUUUGUUUUCACGAAGAUGGCAGAUGUGUUACAGAGUUGGAGUCCUUAUGCUAAAGAAUAUGAUCCUUUGAAAGCUGGUAGUAUAGAUGGUACAGAUACAGAGCCACAUGAUAAGGCUAUUAGCCGUGCUAUGCAGGCACACUAUGAACCUCCUCAUGGAAUAAAAUCAAAGCCAGAAAGGACAUUAUUUGUUGCCAGAUUUGGUCCGAAAAUUACCAAACAUGAGUUAAAGGAGUUCUUUUCUAGGUAUGGAGAUGUUGUAUCAGCAAGAGUUAUAGUUGACAUUGUGACUGGUUUGUCCCAGGGUUAUGGAUUUGUAGAAAUGAGAAGUGAAGAUGAAGCUAGGAGAGCUGUUAGACGUUGUGUUGAUGUUACAUUAAGAGGUUACCAAAUUUUUGUUGAUUAUGAGUGUGGCAGGACUUUAAAAGGAUGGAAACCAAGGAGAGUUGGUGGUGGUUUUGGUGGCAAGAAAGGGUCAGGACAACUUAGAUUUGGUGGAAGAGAUAGACCUUUCAAAAAGCCAAUUAUACCUAAUAUUAUAAGGUCUCAUCAUCAUCAUCAAGAACAUCAUCAAGAACAUCAUCAUCAGGAAUAUUACCAUCAAGAAUAUCAAUAUGAAGAACAUCAUCACCAUCAUCGUCAUCAUUAA